AUGGAAGAACUAAAAGACAAAAGUUUACAUUUAACCGCUGAAAAACUAGCUGAAGAACUUCAAAAAAUGGAUAUUUAUAAUGAAUUUUAUGAAGAUUUACAGAUGCUAGCUGCUUCCCAAGAUGUAUCCAUAGAUGACUUUAAAAAGACCUUGGUGCAAGCAGUGAACAUAGGGAGCAUGGAAACUAAUCUAAGAAACGCGGUAUUCCAUUGGUUGAGAAGUCAUGGAAAUAAUAAACAAAUUGUGGUUAGGGACGAAAUAACGAGUAGAGAGUCGUUAGACUAUUUGAGAAAAGCUCAAAUCACGUGGGAAAGAAGAAUACAGAAAUCGUUGGAAUCUAUGUGCGAGGAAAUAGGUAUAAAUCUAUCUUGUCUUAGGUCCAGUGCUGAUCGAGAUGAAAUGUUACAAAAAUGGAACGAACUCAGUACAUACAAUACGUGUUUGGAAAGACUGAGACCGGUGUAUGCACCGAAAGAUUUUUUAGAAGUGUUAUUUUCAUUGCAUAAUCCUAAUUACCGAAUGAUAUCUGAUGAUAUGAUAUGGGAUUUUACGUACCUGCCGCUGAAAGUUAAGACACUACCAGAACUGAGACAUCAUUAUAGGGAUUUGGCCACUGCCGAUUUGCUGUUAGGUUUAACUUGUUGUCAAUGUCUGACGGCUUUGUCAUGCGGGUCGACGUCACAGGGAGAACAAGAACGAAUCGCUUUGGGAGAAAAAGUUCUACAACAUCAGCAUGCACCAGUGUGUCAAGAGUUUCUAAAAUUGGGUGCACCUCGCAGUCUCCGGGGCAGGCUCUGGGCACAAAUUCUAGGAUCUAGUGCGAAGACUUCGGAACAACAUUACUCGGAAUUAAAACAACGCGUGUUGCACUUUGAUAUGUUGAUCGACAAAUUGAUCACGAAAGACGUUCAACUAACAGCGUGCAACGACGAUCAAUACUUCGUAUUCGAAGACGUCUUACAUCAGAUAAUGUUGUGUUUUACUCGCGAUACUGACGUGUUGUCAGUGUUCAACAACUCGACCAGCCAUCCAAUACUUACGUCGUUGAAGGGCAAACCACCUAUCGAGGCAAUAUAUCCUCCCAAUGGCAUUAUACCUUUCCACGGUUUUACAAUGUAUGCUGCCCCCGUUUGCUAUUUGUUCAACGACCCUGUACCAUUGUACUACACGUUCAGAGCAUUCUACCUGCGUUACUGGUUCAGAUUGCAUGUGAUAAGUUCACACCCGCAAAGCAUACUUGGACUAUGCAUUUUGUUCCAGCGGCUUUUACAGAGACACGAAACUAAGAUUUGGUCGCAUUUUAUGAGCCACAACAUUCACCCUAUCAGAGUGGUAUUCAAAUGGAUCAUGAAGGGAUUCAGUGGGCAUUUACUUCCAGAACAAUUACUUAACCUGUGGGACAUGGUUAUAGCUUACGACUCCCUGGAAGUAUUGCCACUUUUGGCAGUUGCGAUUUUAAGUUUCAGAAAAGACAAUCUGCUUCAAGUAAACACUUUACAAAACGUAGAUUCAGUUCUGGUAGAUUUGUCAUCGUUAAACGUAAUGUCUUUGCUACAGUUAGCACUAAAAGGACCAAUUAAAAUGUAA